AGAGGGUGAGCGGUGUAAGCGGCGGCUAGUCCCGAGCAAGGCUUCUGUGAGGAAAACAGGCGUUCAUCUACCGUUGCUUUGUUACCAUCAUGAGCGACCUGGAUGGGGUCGAGAGGACCUCUCUCCCCCAAACCCGCAGCCUCACUAUUGCCGACCAUGACCCGGGAGACUCGGACCCACACCAGUGCCUGACGCUCCGGGAGGGAACCGAGGCGACACAGGUGAUGGCGGAAACGGGUGAGGGAAGCUUGGAGACCGUCGCGAUCCCACCGCCUCAGCUUUCAGAGGAGGGGGGAGUACCGUCGGAUCCCGCGGACUGUGGCCAUACUACACUGACCCGAGUCGACGGGGGUCGCAGCCACGUAGCGACCAAAGGCGGGCAGGAAGAGGCUCCGCCUCCCACGGUGGGCCUGGAAGCAGCCUCUUUGUUGGCGGCAACUGACAGCAGCCCGGAAAAUGGCUUUCAGGAUGGGGGGAAGGCCCUAGAAGCCUGUGGCGCAGAGUGGUCGGGGUCUGAGGUGAUGGCGGGGGCGAAGGCCGCGGAAGUGGCGACCGAAAAGAACGUCACCUUCCCUGUAGCAAUGGAUGCGGAGAAGAGGGCUGAGGUGGUGCUGAAGGAGGGAGUGGAAGAGGAGAUGCAGGUGGAAGAGAAGCCCGUGGAUGAAGAAGUAGAAGUGGUGGAGGAAAAUAGAGUGGAAGAGGAGGUGAAGGAGGAGGCAGGGCCCUGGCCUCUGAAUGUGGCUCUCCGCAUGAAUCCUCUGGAGGCCAUCCAGUUGGAACUGGACACUGUGAAUGCUCAGGCUGACAGGGCCUUCCAACAGCUGGAGCACAAGUUUGGGCGAAUGCGUCGACACUACCUGGAGCGGAGAAACUACAUCAUUCAGAAUAUCCCGGGCUUCUGGAUGACUGCCUUUCGGAACCACCCUCAAUUGUCCCCCAUGAUUAGGGGCCAAGAUGCAGAGAUGUUAAGGUAUAUAACCAAUUUGGAGGUAAAGGAACUCAGACACCCUAGGACUGGCUGCAAAUUCAAGUUCUUCUUCCGAAGAAACCCCUAUUUCAGAAAUAAGCUGAUUGUCAAGGAAUAUGAGGUCAGAUCGUCUGGCCGGGUGGUGUCUCUUUCUACUCCAAUCAUAUGGCGCAGAGGACGUGAACCCCAGUCCUUCAUUCGCAGAAACCAAGACCUCAUCUGCAGCUUCUUCACCUGGUUUUCAGACCACAGCCUUCCAGAGUCUGACAAAAUUGCUGAGAUUAUCAAAGAGGACCUUUGGCCAAAUCCACUGCAAUAUUACCUGUUGCGUGAAGGAGUCCGUAGAGCCAGACGUCGCCCAAUAAGGGAGCCAGUGGAGAUCCCCAGGCCCUUUGGGUUCCAGUCGGGUUAAACUUUGCCCUUGACAGUACUCCUGCACAAGGUCCCCUACCACCUCAUGCUGGAACUGUGCUUGGGAAACAGCAAUGGGUAUGCUUUUUUUGUUUUGUUUUAAUUUUUUGCUGACCUUUCUGCAUCCUCUCUUCCUCUGGAUAUUCAGUUCUUUCAACCUCAAGAUUGAGACUGUCGUGGACAUGGUUCUCCACUUCCACAUUGCCUUCAUGCUAUUCUGCAUUAAUACUGUGUGUUGCAUGGCCACUGUUCACACUGCUUCUAAGCCAAGCAAAUGAUGCUGUAAGAUUGCACUGCCUUUAUCUACACUUCUAGGGGCCCUGUGUUCCCAGGGCCUCCGAUCUGCUUACUGCCACCUGCUGUCUGCUGUGCAUCUAGCAGUAGAGGCACAUGGCCUGUGGACAGUUACUGGACAUUAAUGAAUCAAGGAAGAGAAGCAAUGGGGAACUUGUUCUAUGUGAUUUAUGCUACUCCAUCCUGCACCUCUGGUCACUUAUUGCUGCCUCCCACUAGCUAUGCCCACCUGCCUUGGUUUCUGCCAAGGUCCCUUUCUCUGUCUCUCCCCCCUUUUCUCCUAUCUCUUAAAAAAAAAAAAAAAUGACGGCUUAGGAACAUCUGCAAAAGCAGGCUUUUUAGUUUAUUUUAGUUGUUUCAUUUACGGAGACAGAGAGGUUGUCCUGUAAAAUAUACUGUUAGAGCUCUUUUUGUCCUCUUUGCUCUCUUCCCAACACACCAGCCCCUUUAGCAAGUCCUAGAAGGUUUAAAGGAGACAGAUCUAGAUAGAAUGAAAGGUGAGGUAUAGUUUAUAGUAGAGGGAAGAACUAAGAGAUCGUGUUUGGUGCCCUUAGCAGGGGAAACUGAACAAAAAGCCUGAACAAGAGUUCUUUAAAGAAACACACACAGUGCAACUUUGGAUGCUUUCUCUCUUGUUUUUAUUUGGCCUAAUUUAUGUGAAGGUUAAUACUGUGUCCUUAUUUCACUAGUAUUUAGUAAAAUCUUAUUUUCUGUGUUUCUACUUAUUGGGAAAAUUGAACUAUACAAUCUUUCUUUUGCUUUCAACUGGGAACAUUUAGAAGAAUAACAGUCUUAAUUUGCUGUCCAAUAUAGAGACUUAUGUGAAUAUUUAUAACAGUUUUCAACUUGUUCUACUCUGUUAAACUGUAUUCUUAGAAACAUAGUUUGAAUAACUUGGUGUCUACCAGACUUGUCAAAUUGUUGUCUUCAUGGAAAAUUAAUCUACAAAAAUGUGUGGCUUGUUUGAUUGUCUCACUUGGUAAUUUGCCCUGGUAACAAUUUAGUAAUUGAUGUGUCUCUUUUCCUAAAUUGCAUAAAUACCUGUGAGAAUACUCUGUCAAAUUGGAAGUGUACCACUGGCAUAUUUAUCUUCCUUUACUUGCAUGAUGGUUAAAAUAAAAGCAUGUCACUA